AUGAGCAUUGAAACAAAUACCAUUUUAUCUGAACCAAUUCAAUUUCAAAGAAAAAAAGAAGGCUUUCAGAAGACUCAAAAUGAAAGUCAAAUACACUCUUGUGUGUUACACUCUUCAUUAGGACCAAUGACAUGUAAGAAGAAAUCCAAGUCUUUACUUCAUCAUCAUCAUAAAUUCAACACUACUGUUUAUUGUAAUCCAAAAACUUCUAAGAAGGAUAACAUAAAUAAAGAAAUUGAUUGUCCAACUGAUUUAGAUGAUGAAGAUCUUGAAGUUUUAAAUAUUUUAUUAGCUAUUGAAUCAAAAGGAAAUGAAGAUACAUAUUUAGAUGAUUACGAACGUUGUAAAAAUCCAGGUAUGUGUCUAUCAUUAUUUUCAUUCAGUCAUUAA